AUGCCAUCUGCAUUCCACGAACUUGAUGGGGUGAGCUUUUCAUUUGGGGAACUCCAGCCAAUAUCGAGAAUAAGCAAUGACUUGCAGAGCCGUGCAUACCUCCCGGGGAGUAUCUCCACCGAGAACGAUGCUGCUUCACCGGGUGAAACGGAGAGCUCUCUCUUCAUAUGGAACACAGCGACGAUCUCUACCUCCCCUCAACUUUCCUCAAGCGCAAGUGCACAUACGAAUUUUACUCCCGUUGAGACAUUUCCUUUGGCGGAACGCAGGUUCCGCCAUCGUUUCGGCGCAGACAGUGCAUAUAGGAAGCAAGAUAGGAAGUACGAAUGGCCCGCCGCCAAAAGGUUCAGCCGACUCCAUGCCUUAGCUAAGUCGGGAACAUAUUGGAUAGGAUUGGCAGCGUUAGCCCUGCUCGUUGCGUUAACUUCCGCAGUAGACCCUUUGAGGGCGAAGCUAAUUCGGGCGGGCUGCGAGUGGGCAAGGAGUGAUAGUGCCUCCAUGCAGCUUUCUUGGGAUGAUGAUUUUCUUCCACGAAUGCCCAGUCGACUAAGAAUCCAAGCUUCACGAGCAUCCGAGGCGUCUAAAUCCUCCCCAAAUUCAUUUCACACCGAAAGUAAACAGGAGACGCACCGUGGAUCCAGCGGCGGCGCCUUUGCCCGAGACAGUUUACUUUUUGACCGCAAUACCAGACAGCCAAACGAGCCUAAGGCAUCUUUCGGUCCUGUGAACUUAUCGGAAGGCUACGAUCCAGUUUCGGCGUUCUCAGCUGCUGAACCUCCACGGGACGUGCUGCGUCAAGAGGAGCGAGGAUCUGCAUCCAAAGUUGAAGCAUGGCGGCGUAGUGGUACGACGGAGAGGAGGGAACGUACGAUUCCGCAGUGGCGCCGCUAUUCGCCAGUUACUUCAGGGUACUACGGCUAUCCUCCUGAGCCUGAUGCUGACUCCGCAGCAGAACGUGGGUCGGGAUAUUCAACGCCCUUACCUGAUACCCUCACGGACGACGUUCCCAGCAGCAGCACGGAUGCUAAAUUGGAUUUGCGCAGAAGCCGCUCGGGGAGCGACAGCAGCAGCAGCAACUCUGGAGGACAAAGGAAUGAUUUGCGUCAGUCACGGAUUGAUCGUAAGCGCCCUAGCACUAUGCAAAAUCGCCAGAGAAGCUCUGCUAUGCACAGAAGUCGGCGCCGCGGCAACGAGGUAGCUGAGGCGUUGCCGAGACAACGGCGAAGAACAAAAGUUUCGAGACGUUCCAGGGUUGGCACAGCUGGUGGAGAGAAACAGACGGCACAAUCUGCUCCGAAAAAGCGUUGGCAACGAGGCCGCAAGUCGGAGAGGACCAGCCUAGCCAAGCGGUAUCAGAAGGCGCCGUCGGUCAGCGUCGUUUCACAGGCGCAAGCGCCUAAGAAAACUCGUUUCUUCCUGCCCGAAAGUAACGUCGCUUCAGGCGAUGCAAGCGGCGAAGACGAUGACUCGGACGAACAGGAGACAACUUCGAUAGACACCCAUCCAGCUGUUCUCAGCAGCGCUCAAGGAGCUACAGGACUCCAGUCGCAGGAUGGAGACGGCGCUUCGACCUCUGUCUCCGUCAACAAGAGCGACGAAUCUGAAGCUCGUCCUUCUUCAUCUGAUCAGCCCGCCCAAGGCGCAAAUCCGCCGAGCUCAACUACAGCUGGACAGGGAGACUUGGCAAUGGCGACUGCGGCUACUCUACUCGCGAGCGGGGUAUCACCAGAUGGGUCCUUCAACCUCUCCAAGAAUCAGCGGGCAGCAUGUGCAGGUUCCAACAAUGCUUCAUCUUUGCCAACGGAGGUGUUACUUUACUUGGUGCGGCGAGCUCUGGAGGAGCUUGUAUCGUCAGAAAAUGAGCAGGAGAGCUAG